CUUUCGAACGUGAAUGUAUUGGUGGAACUGUUAAUCUUCUUAUGCUCGCUCGCGAUGCAUAUAUUAAUAAUCAAAAUGUUCAUUUUAAUUUUACAUCAAGCAUCAGUACAUCUCUUGGGUCAAAAGCGCAUGUUAAAGAAGAUGAAUUACCUCAAGAUGUUUCAAGUGCGAUAUUUAAUGGAUAUAGUUUAUCAAAAUUCAUUACUGAGCAUAUAUGUGCUGAAUGGUCUCGAAAAAUUGGGUUCAAGCUUGAUAUUCAUCGUGUUGGUCAAGUUUGUGGUGAUUCAGUUACGGGUAUUUGGAACACUAAAGAACACAUUUCACUUAUGAUAAAAGGUGCACAAGUUAUGAAAAUUAUGCCAGAUUCGUAUAUUUCAAAUGUUGACUGGAUCCCUGUUGACAUUGCUUCUCAAAGCAUCGUUGAGAUUUCUUUAAAUGCAUCAUUUGACAACAACAUUGAUUAUAUUCGAGUUAAUCAUAUACUUAAUCCAAAAAGAAUUACAUGGGAUGAAUUCUUAAAAUCCUUACAAAAAAGUGGAAUGAAUUUCAAAAUUGUUUCGAAUAAAAAAUGGUUAAAGACAUUAAAAACACCCGAAUAUCAAGACGUGGAUAAAAAUCCAGUAGCAGCAUUAUCGGGAUUUUUUGAAAAAACUAUAAGCGAAUCAUCAAAUAGGAGUGAAGAACCAUUAUUUGAAACGCAUAAAUCAGUAAAUCGUAGUUUGGCACUUUCCAAUUGCCAGAAAAUUGAUGUGGAAUUA